AUGUUAAUUGGUGUAAUUGGUAUACAGACUCAUGCUGGAAGCAAAGAAGGCCAGUGGGUCCGAUUGCUACGCCUUCAUCAUUUAACUAUUUAUAUCUUCUUUGCUUUCUGGACAGUGGCCCAGAUCUUAUGCUUCACCAUCAGGUCAAUUCCUGUCUCCUUAACCAAUUUAAUGUUGGCAAAUGCUUUUUUAGUGAAUGCUUUUAUCUUUUACAACCAUACUCAUGGCCGAGCAGUGGUGGAUAUUCUUUUGCAUCAGCUGCUAUGCUUCGCUUCCUUUAUGGCAGGCUUGGUUUCCUUCAUAGAGGUCAUCAUUAGGAAAAAUAUAAUGCUGGCGCUUUUGCGGUCAAGUCUUACCAUACUACAGGGAAGCUGGCUUUGGCAGCUGGCUUUUGUUCUGUUUCCUCCCACUGGAGUUCUUGCAUGGGAUCUGAAUGAUCAUAGCAACAGUGUGUUUUUCACCAUGUGCUUUUGUUGGCAUUAUGCAUUUUCCUAUGUCAUCAUGGGAGUGGUUUAUGUAGCUGUCACCUGGUUCGUUAAGUGGAGAAUCAGGAAACCCUGCCCCUCAGAAGUUAUGCUCCUGAAAAAUGCUGAAAGAGAGGAGGAAUCAGAAGAGGAGAUGUGA